CGACCGCUGAAAUCGGCUUUGAUCUCCUAGGGGUCUUGACUUCCCCAUGUUCAUCUCGCCCCAUGUGCACCUCGCAGCUCGCGCUACUGCAGGUGUUCUUCCUGAUGGUCCCCGAGGGCAUCUGGCCUCAGCCCUCUUUCUCCCCGUUAGGGGCUGUGCCCACCCCUCCGGACGUGGGGCCAGCGUCGCCGGGCGGGACCCUUGAGUCCUCCUCGGAGGGGUCUGAAACUCCCUGGCCUGUGUCUGGGAUCUCUACGGUGGGCCCUACGGUCCUGACCCCUUCUGCACCUGGGAAUGGGACCGUAGACCUCUUCCCAGUCUUACCGUUCUGUGUCUGUGACUUGACUCCUGGUACCUGCGACAUAAAUUGCUGCUGCGACAAGGACUGCUAUCUUCUCCAUCCGAGGACGGUUUUUUCCUUCUGCCUUCCCGGCAGCGUGAGGUCUUCAAGUUGGAUGUGCGUGGACAACUCUCUUAUCUUCAGGAGUAAUUCCCCAUUUCCUUCAAGAGUUUUCAUGGAUUCAAGUGGAAUUAGGCAGUUUUGUGUCCUUGUGAACAACUCAAAAUUAAACUAUUUCCAGAAGCUCCAAAAGGUCAAUGCAACCCACUUCGAGACCCUGGCUACAGAGUUUGGAGGUGGAUCAUUCACUUCAACAUUCCAAACCCAGUUGCCACCACCUCAUUACAGGGCUGGGGACCCCAUUUUGACUUACUUCCCCAAGUGGUCUGUAAUCAGCUUGCUGAGGCAGCCUGCGGGAGUUGGAGCUGGGGGGCUCUGUGCCGAGAGCAAUCCUGCAGGUUUCCUGGAGAGUAAAAGUACAACCUGUGCUCGUUUCUUCAAGAACCUGACAAGUAGCUGCACCUUGGAUCCAGCCCUCAAUGCUGCCUCUUACUAUAACUUCUCAGUCUUGAAGGUUCCAAAAGGUAUGACUGAUCUGAAGAAUAUGAAGUUCCAGGUCCCUGUAACUCUUAUCUCACAAGCUGGUUCUCCUCUCUUGUCUGGAAACACUUGUCAGAAUGUGGUUUACCAGGUCAUCUAUGAGAUAGAGACCAAUGGGACUUUUGGAAUCCAGAAAGUCUCUGUCAGUUUUGGACAAACCAACCUGACUGUCGAGCCAGGCACUUCCUUACAACAACACUUUCUCAUUCGCUUCAGGGCUUCUCAACAGAGCACAACUGCUUCUCCUACUGGUCCUAGAAGUGGGAAUCCUGGCUAUAUUGUUGGGAAGCCACUUUUGGUCCUAACUGGAGAUAUAAGUCACUCUAUGACCCUCUUACAGAGCCAGGGUGAUGGAAUUUGCUCUGUUAAGAGAUAUGAAGUACAAUUUGGAGUGAAUGCAGUAUCUGGAUGCAAGCUCAGGCUGAAAAAGGUGGACUGCAGCCACUUACAGCAGGAGAUUUAUGAGACUCUUCAUGGAAAGACCAGCCCAGAACAUGUUGCCAUCUUUGGUAAUGCUGUCCCAGCCCAGAAGAGAGAGUGGACAAGGAUUCUCAGCAGGAACUGCAGUGUUUCAGCUACACAUUGUACUUCCUGCUGUGUCAUACCAGUUUCCCUGGAGGUCCAGGUAUUGUGGGCAUAUAUAGGCCUCCAGUCCAACCCACAAGCUCAUGUGUCAGGAGCCCGGUUCCUAUACCAGUGCCAGUCCAUAAAGGAUUCCCAACAAGUAACAGAAAUACCUUUGACAACUGUUGUGACCUUUGUGGACAUUACCCAGAAGCCAGAGCCUCCAAGGGGCCAACCUAGAAUAGACUGGAAACUGCCAUUCGACUUCUUUUUUCCCUUCAAAGUGGCAUUCAGCAGAGGAGUAGACUCUCAGAAAGGCUCGGCUUCUCCCGUCCUUAUCCUGUGUCUCUUAGUACUUGGAGUUCUCAAGCUAGAAACCAAGUGAAACAAGAAGAAUCAGAUUUUAAUUUUCCCUGUGGGAAGUUCUGAGACAGCCUACUUAUUCUUGGCUAAAUAGGUCCAUACCUGCUCGUGACCAGAGGAGAGUAUUUUAAGAUAACAGAGGACCUAACUGAAGGAAUGUUUGUGUGUGACAGAAGGGACUUUUCAAAAAGCAAUAAAGAUAUCUUCUUUGUCAUGGCUGUCUGCUUAGGACUCUGCAGACCACCAAGUACACAUUAGGUUCUUCUCAAGCUAGGAAGAACACAAAGAGCCCUUCCUGCAGCCCUUCAGGUUGUGUUAUGCCUCACUAAAGUUUUGCAAGAUCUUCAUCCAUCUGCUUACAGGCACAGUUAGACCCAGCAUAGAAAGGAACAUGCUCCUGCUGUCCUCCGGAUGAACUUGGGAAUAGAUGCCCUCUGGACUUAAGAGGAGCUGACUAUUGGGAACAGAAAACUGCUGGCUAAGGAUUUCAUCUGGCUUCUCCCCACUCCCUUGGGCCACACUCUGCUGGAGCAUGAGUGAGGAGAGCAGUUCUUUCUAGUCCGUUUCGAAAAUGAAUGUGGAAUCCCAGCCCCCCCUUUUUACUAGCAAGUGAUCCUACCAGUCAUUUCUGUAUUUUUCCUCCCUUCCAUUGUGGUGAGAGAAAUAAAACUGAUUGAG